AUGUCUGAAUUUGAAAUGACUGAUCUCGGCUUGAUGCAUUAUUUUUUGGGCUUGGAAGUUAUUCAAUCUUAUGCAGGCAUUUUUAUGUGUCAAAGGAGAUAUGUGCAGGACAUCUUAACCAAAUUUCAGAUGCAAGACUGUAAUCCAGUUUACACACCAGCUGAGACGAGUUUAAAGCUUGUUAAAGACCCAGAUGGAGUAAAGAUUGAUAGCACUCUUUACAAGCAAAUUGUUGGAAGUUUAAUGUACUUAACUUCAACAAGGCCUGACAUCAUGUUUGUUGUAAGUCUCAUCAGCAGAUUCAUGAAAAAUCCAACGGAGAUGCAUCUCAUGGCUGCGAAAUGA